CAACCGACCACCGCCGAGCACGCCACCGAAUCCAAUCGAGUCGAGCCAAUCAUAGACAAGGGUUUCUUCGGCCGUUGCCAGCGCCGGUAAGGAAGCAGACGACGAUGGGCAAGAUCAAGAUGCCGUCGCUGUUCCGCCGCCGCUCGUCCUCCAAGUCGCGGUCUUCCUCGCCGCCGCCGCCGCAGCAGCAGGAGGAGGAGGGGGACCGGGCGGCGUCGGGCGCGGGGUCCCCGGCGCGGACGGCGGAGGAGGAGAUGGAGCGGGUGUUCCGCAAGUUCGACGCCAACGGCGACGGCCGGAUCUCGCGGCCGGAGCUGGCGGCCCUCUUCGAGAGCCUGGGCCACGCGGCGACCGACGACGAGCUGUCCCGCAUGAUGGCGGAGGCGGACGCGGACGGCGACGGCUUCAUCAGCCUGGCGGAGUUCGCGGCGCUGAACGCGACCGCGGCGGGCGACGACGAGGAGGACCUGCGGCUCGCCUUCAAGGUGUUCGACGCGGACGGCAGCGGCGCCAUCUCCGCCGCCGAGCUGGCGCGCGUGCUCCACGGCCUCGGCGAGAAGGCCACGGUCCAGCAGUGCCGCCGCAUGAUCGAGGGCGUCGAUAAGAACGGCGACGGCCUCAUCUCCUUCGACGAGUUCAAGGUCAUGAUGGCCUCCGGCUUCGCCGCCAAGAUGGCAUGAUCUCUCCCUCCCUCCCUCCAUCCUCUUCUUGGUUCCUUCAUCGAUUUCGUCCUCUCGCGUGUGUGCGUGCGUGCGGCGCGGAUUAAGUGCGAAUUAAGUGUACAUAACUCAAGGAUUAAAAGGGCGGCCAUUACUAGAGCGUAGUACUAGUACGUUAGCAGAUUCUUUGCUUCUUUCUCUUCGUUUCUUCCCUUCGUGGUGCCGAGUAAUAAUAACUAUCUACAAAUGUCGUCUGAAGCGAGUAAUUUGUCUCGCGGAUAUGGAUCUGAGAUCAAAGGAAUUGAUAUGGUUUUAAUGGA